GGAUCCCCGUUCUCAGCUGGCUGCCUCGCUACUCCAUCAGAGACAACGUCAUCGGAGACCUGGUCUCUGGCUGCAGCGUGGGCAUCAUGCAUCUGCCUCAGGGCAUGGCCUACGCCCUCCUGGCUUCCUUACGCCCGGUGUUCGGCCUUUACACCUCCUUGUACCCGGUGCUGGUCUACUUCAUCUUCGGUACUUCCAGACACAUCUCCAUAGGUACGUUUGCUGUGAUCAGCAUCAUGGUUGGGAGUGUGACGGAGAGGCUGGCUCCAGAUAGUAACUUCAUCGUGAAUGGCACUAACGAGACGGGAAGUGUUAACCUCGACACGCGGGAUGAAUCCAGAGUACGGAUCGCGUGCUCCCUCACGGUGCUGGCGGGAAUCUUUCAGAUCCUGUUGGGUUUGGUGAGGUUUGGUUUCGUGGUCACUUACCUCUCUGAGCCGCUGGUUCGAGGCUACACCACGGGAUCAGCGUGCCAUGUGUGUGUGUCUCAGCUCAAGUACCUGUUUGGAGUCAUGCCGGCUCGCUUCACUGGUCCUCUCUCCCUUAUUUAUACUCUGGUGGAUCUUUGCCGGUUGCUGCCGCAGACUAAAGUGCCGGAGCUGGUGGUCAGCCUGGUUGCCCUGUCUGUUCUCAUUGUGGUCAAAGAAGUCAAUGCCUGCUACAGACAGAAGCUGCCUCUCCCCAUCCCCAUAGAGAUCAUAGUGAUCAUAGCAGCAACAGUCAUCACCCACUUCUGCGGACUAACGAGUAAAUACAACGUUGAUGUGGUUGGAGAGAUUCCCAGCGGGCUCAAAGCCCCUCAAGCUCCGGACACCACGCUGUUUUCAGAGUUGAUCGGCGAUGCUUUUGCCAUCGCCAUAGUGGGCUACGCCAUCAACAUCUCUGUGGGCAAAACAUUCGCCCUCAAACACGGCUACAAGGUGGACAGCAACCAGGAGCUGGUUGCUUUGGGUCUCAGUAACACCAUCGGCGGCUUCUUUCAGUGUUACUCCGUGACGUCCUCUUUGUCUCGCAGCCUCGUCCAGGAGAGCACAGGAGGCAAGACACAGGUUGCGGGAGUGAUUUCGUCCAUCAUCGUGCUCGUCACGGUUUUGAAAAUAGGUUCUCUCUUUUCAGAUCUCCCCAAGGCUGUCUUAUCCACAAUAGUGUUUGUGAAUUUGAAAGGAAUGUUCAAGCAGUUCACGGACGUGCCUCUGCUGUGGAAGACCAACAAGGUUGAUCUGAUGGUGUGGCUCGUCACCUUCAGCAGCACCAUCCUGCUCAACCUGGACCUCGGUCUGGCCGUCUCCAUCGGCUUCUCCAUGCUCACCGUCAUCUUCAGGACGCAACUCCCCCGCUACUCUAUCUUGGGCCACGUUUCGGGCACUGACCUGUAUUUGGACACGGAAACCUACAAGGAGGCCAAAGAGAUUCCAGGAAUUAAAAUCUUCCGUUCAUCCGAGACCAUCUACUACACGAAUGCUGAGAUGUACUUGGAGGCCCUGCAGGAGAAGAGUGGAAUUGAAAUCGGGAAGCUGCUGACGGCAAAGAAGAAACGAGACGCAAAGCUGAAGCGCCAACAAAAGAAGGAGAAAUCUAAAAACAAGGCAAAGAAACAAAGUAAAACAGAGAGCCAACUGUCAACGGUGACCGAGAGGAGAGUCUCCAUUGGACAGAAGGCGGACAUUGUCGUCUCAAGCUGGACGGAAACCUCCACGAACGAGCUCGACAAAGGCCGAGUAAACUGGGCCUACCAGCACGACACGGCCGCGUCAGACUCGGAUUCGGACGCGGGUUGCCACGUGGACGGCAGCAUCACCCAGGCAUCGCCCCGAGCAUCGGCCACGCACAGCGUCGUCCUGGACGUCUCCACCACCAGCUUCGUGGACAUGGUUGCCGUGAAGACCUUGAAAAAUAUAUUCAGGGACUUUGGAGAGAUUGAUCUGGACGUCUAUCUAGCGGGAUGCCAAGGUGAGCGGCACACCAGACCAAAAAAACAGACAAACGUCAAGGUCUCAGUCUCAGCGGCGCUUCGUUGUUCCAUCGUGCAAAAUAUUUACUCAAAUGAAGAUUUUUAAAUUCUCCUGUUUCUAAAACAUCUAAAAAGAACCCGAAUUGGUCGUCUUUGUAAAGUCCCUCGACAUGUAAGUCGAGGGACUUUAUGGCUUCAC